CGGCGCGGGGACGGACUCGGUGCCGCCAGCCGCCGCCGCCCCCCGGCGCCUGGGAGCCAAGAUGAAGUUCCGGGCCAAGAUCGUGGACGCGGCCUGUCUAAACCAUUUCACCCGAGUCAGUAACAUGAUAGCCAAACUUGCCAAGACCUGCACCCUGCGCUUCACCCCCGACAAGCUGAACUUCAUUCUGUCCGACAAGCUGGCCAGUGGGGGGGUGAGCCUGUGGUGUGAGCUGGAGCAGGAGAACUUCUUUAGUGAAUUUCAGAUGGAAGGUGUCUCAGCAGAACACAAUGAGAUUUAUUUAGAACUAACAUCUGAAAACUUAGCUCGAGCCCUGAAAACCGCCCAGAAUGCUAGAGCCUUGAAAAUCAAGCUGACUAAUAAACACUUUCCCUGCCUCACAGUGUCUGUGGAGCUGUUAACAGUGUCAAACAGUAGUCGCAUUGUGACCCAUGAUAUUCCCAUAAAGGUUAUUCCGAGAAGGUUGUGGAAAGACCUACAAGAGCCCUCACUCCCAGAUGCUGAUGUUAGUAUUUAUUUGCCAGUCUUGAAGACGAUGAAGAGUGUUGUGGAAAAAAUGAAAAACAUCAGCAAUCAUCUUGUUAUUGAAGCCAACCUAAAUGGAGAACUGAACUUAAAGAUAGAAACUGAGUUAGUAUGUGUAACCACUCACUUUAAGGAUCUUGGAAACCCUCCAUUAGCCUCUGCAAACACCUGUCAAGACAGUCGCCCAGAAGAGAUGGCCAAAGUGCACAUAGACAUCAGGAAGCUCCUCCAGUUUCUUGCAGGACAACAAGUGAAUCCCACUAAAGCCUUGUGCAAUAUUGUGAAUAACAGGAUUCUUCAUUUUGAUUUGCUUCAUGAAGAUGUCUCCCUCCAGUAUUUCAUCCCAGCAUUGUCUUAGCAGCAUCUUACCAGAGUUGGGGGCUCAGAGACCUUGAGGCUGCGAGCCAGAGGCCUGGAGAACCUACAGACCCCAGAAACCUGCAGAGCCCAAGGGUCUGGAGAAUGGACAGAAUCUGAGUCCAGCCCAACACAGUUCUCAUCUGAACUUGUCCUGCUGUGUCUUUCACUUCGUCCAUGGGGCCAUUUUGGCUAUAGGUUAUAGUUUGUUUUGUACUAUUGUUGUUUUCUAGUGCUUGUGACCAAGCCCAGUAGUGGGUGAUAUCUCCAGCCCUUUAUUUAUUUAUUUAAAUUUAUUUAUAUUUCAUUGACAAUUUCCAAAAUUGUAAACAAUAUCCCAUGGUAAUUCCCUCUCUCCUUACACCUUCCCCUUUGAAACUUCACUGUCCAUCAUAUCCCCUCCCCCUCUCAGUCACUCUUUGAUUUUGGUGUCAUCUUCUUUUCCCCUGUUAUGAUGGUCUUGUGUAGCUAGUGUCAGGCACUGUGAGGUCUUGGAUAUCCAGGCCAUUUUGUGUCUGGAGAAGCACGUUGUAAGGAGUCCUGCCCUUCCUUUGGCUCUUACAUUCUU